AACUUGAACGGCGUUGGUUUCCUCCUCCCGUCCAUCAAACGAUGUUUGACAUUUGGAGGGCUACCGCUAACCGCACUAUUUAGUUAGCCUGUUCUUAUGGCUCGUCCGUAACCAUGAGAGUCUACUUCAGGAGCUAGUCGGCUCUUUAGCUGGCUUCAAUGGAUUUUCGAGUAAAAAGAUGAUCGCCUCACUUUCUCGGGGAAGUUUGCUUGAUGAGGUGCUGCACGGAAGCUUUAACGAGCAACAACUGGCCACCUACAUCUCCUGGGUGAACGCUCAACUCAAGAAGAAAUCUGGCCUGAAGCCCAUCACUGACCUCAGGAGGGAUCUGCAGGAUGGAUUGGUUCUCGUACAGCUCAUCGAGAUAGUUGCCGGGGAAGUGCUCGAGGGUGUUUAUUUAACUCCUCAAAACAAAGAAGAAAGCAGGAAGAAUGUGGAGCAAGUGCUACAAUUCAUCUCCUCCAGGCAUAUACGCAUGCCUCACAUCUCAGCAAGAGACAUUGUUGAAGGCAACUUGAAAUCCGUGAUGAGGAUUAUUCUGGCGCUGGCCGCUCAUUUCAAACCGUCAGCCAAUCCCAGGCUUGCUUCGGGAAGUGGGAAAGGUUCAACAUCAGCCGCGCCGUGCCACAACCCGCUGUCCACUGUGGCACUUGCACAAGGUGCUGCUGCUACUCUAGCAUCGGCCCGAUAUGACGCCUCACUGCCUGCCAGCGCGUCACGCAUCCACAGCUGCUGGAGGUCAGAUGUGGAUAAGAGCGUGUGUGUACGUGCACUGGUGAAGCAGUAUGAGAGAGGAAGCCCAGACGAGCAGGACGAUGUGCAGACCAACAGUUCAUCUUUUUAUUUUUCUUCGAUUCUCAGCUCCGCCAGUCCGUUACCAUCUCCCGGAUCUCCACCCAGCACGCAAGCAGAGCGCCCGGAAGAAGACCGCGCACAAUUAGAGCACCGAGUCGAGACGUCUGUUGGCGCAACGGAGGCAACCUGGGAAGAUUCCGUCGGUGAAACUUUGGAGAAGGAGGUUGAGGAGACGCGUAAAAUGGUGUCGGCUUUGCAGGCUCUGCUUCUGCAAGGCUCUCUGCCGGAGGAUGAGCAAGAUCUAUCUUUCAGUUUGGACGAAGGUCAUCCCGAGCAGCAGCUGGUAGUCAUCCGCAGCCGUUUGGAUCAGAGUAUGGAGGAGUCUCGGGAGCUGAAGAGGGAACUGUUGAGCUGUAAGCAAGAGAUGAGAAACCUCCAAGGAAUCAAGGAGGCCCAGCAGCGGCGUCUCAGCACUCAGGAGGCGUCCAUCCUCCAGCUGAAGCAAGAGCUGCUCCGAGCCAGCAUGGCUAACGACGACAUUAACAAUCAGAAGACCGAGCUACAAUGGAAGCUGGAGGAAUGUACCCGACUGUGGAGUGACUGCGAGAAGGAAGUUGGGCAGAAGGACAGACUUCUGCAACAGCUCAAACAAAAACUUGAAGAAAGCCAAAAGCAGCAGAGUGAGCUGCAAAAAGAGCUGGACCAUGAAAACAGCACGAGGCAGCAAGUAACAAAUAGAGAGCCGCAGCAGAUUUCUCAGAUUUCCCCAUGCACUGAAAACAAUGGCUAUUACAACUCUGGAAAUCCUGCUUCCUCCAUAUCAAAUGCAGAGGAGGUUCAGCUGCUCAGAGAUGCAAUUCGAAGUUUGAGGAAAGACUUGAGAGUCCACGACCCGCAGCACCACACGCUGGACACCCUGGAGCAGGGCAUCGUGUCACUCAUCGACAGACUUCAUGCCGUACAUACGCACAGGGUUCGAGGGAAAUCCCCAGGACGCAGAGGCCAGAACAGUGACCGUGAAUCUUGGCCAAAGGUUUGUCAGUCCAGUAGCACCUCCACAUCUUCUACUAAGAUCCUGUACUUCACAGGAAGAUCCUCCACACCUUUUAUGAUCAACAUCCCCAAAAGGUUGGGAGAGGUGACUCUCAAGGAUGUGAAGGCAGCUGUUGAUCAAGAGGGGAACUACAGGUACCACUUUAAGGCGUUGGACCCUGAAUUCGGUACUGUGAAAGAAGAGGUUUUCUUCGAUGGAGCCAUCGUGCCUGGCUGGGAAGGCAAAAUUGUGGCCUGGGUGGAGGAAGACCAUAGUGAAGCCAGGUAA